AUGCCUCCUAGUACUUCAAGAACAUUCUCAUUGGCAUUCGAGCUCGAGAUUGGCUUCAACGGACCCGACUCUAACAAAGCUGAUUUUCGCAAUGGAAUUUCACGUCGCGAUCUAUCAACUCCGCCAUCGAAGAAUAUUCAGAGAGCUGAUUUAAAUGCCAGCUUUUCUAAUAACACCGGCAGCAACAGCACUAACUCUGGUAAUCAGCCUCCCCGGUCUAACGGGAAUGGCAAUGGUCACAACGGUGAUGUAGCCGGGACCAGCAAGGCAACGAUAGUCGGGAGCAUAGCUGGUGGUGUAAUCGGUAUCGCUCUUAUGGUGGGCCUUCUGUGGUGGCUUUGGAGGAGUAAGAAGACUCGAAGGACCGCAGGUACUCGAAAGAACUGGCAUAGUUCGAAUACGCGGAAUCCUAAAAGUUGGACCCGGAUAGGAUCGAAGGGAUGGAAAGGGUUACAACGGCAAGGAAAUCUCAGGCGUAUAUCGUAUGCCCAGGAUACGAGGAAAAGACCUCCGAUCGACGGAGAGGAUGAUUAUUCCGAUUCUUCGCAGAUGCUCCAGACUUUGCCUACGCCUGCAACGCAUCUCUCUCUUCCAUCAAAUGCGCACAUACCGGGGCCCCAAAUACACUACGGCCGUCGUCGAGAACACCAAGUCGCCGCAAAUGUCGCGGGUUCUGCCAGUGAGGAUCCGAUACUUCCCCCGCGUUACUGGCAAAUACACAACUCUCCAUCUGCCGCAUCACUUCAUCGAGAGUUGUCUUCCAACAAGAGUGUUGGGCUGACACUGCCAGCUCUGGCACCUCCUCCAAGCAGCGCAGAUCAUGGACAUAGUGUCCUCGAUCUCCCUCCUGCUUCUUCCCCGCAUUCUCCAGAUCAACCGUCUUUUUCCCUUACACCAUCUCAUCCCUUCCCUCCCUCAUUGACAACAACCCCGGCUUUCAAUCCCUCAUUUACAGAACAAACAUCUCCUUUGUCGCCGGCAUCUCUAUCUAUAUCUGAUUCUCACCCUUAUAACGUCCCCCUGCACAACGACCAAUUAACUCUGGAUGUUGCGCGAGCAGAUGAUCCCGCAAAGCAUCCCUUAGAGUCGGAGACAGGAUCAGCUUCUGCUGGAUACACACACUCAACCAGUCCAACCAGUAGUGUUAGUCAUGAAUCAGAAUUAACGAUCAGGCAACUUCGUCACCAAGUCGAAGUACUAGCGGAGGAGAAUGCUCGACUGUCGCGGCAAAGUUAUGUGCUGUUGACUCGUGGGAUGGCUGGCGAGGUGGUCCAAUCACCUCCUGCUUAUGCUGGAGGCUUAGCAGAUGAAAAUUGA